AUGGCCACACUUCCCGAUGAAUUUGAUACUGUGCUUGAAUUUCCAUCCCGUAAAUAUCCUGAUGUAAUUAAAAAUAAGCAUGAUCACGAGUUGGAUAUAGAUGAUGCACUUACCUCACUUUCCGCUAAAUCAUUUGG